UCUAGCAAAUCAGUAUCUUAUAGUUCGCUGAAGUUUACACGAAAUACAUAUGGCAAUUAAAAUGGAGAAGCUUGCUACCAUGGUUUUGAUUUGCAGUUUCUUUACAGCACUAAUUGGUUUCCUCUCCUUACCAGUGAUGUCUCAAGAAGUUGAAGAUGAGAGUGAGUUUAAUUACGAUGAAAAGAGCGAAAAAGGACCAUCUCGUUGGGGGGAUAUACACCCCGAAUGGAGUUUAUGCAAAAAUGGAUCCAUGCAGUCACCAAUUGAUCUAUUGAACGAGAGGGUUGAAAUAGUAUCACGUCUAGGGAGGCUUCAGAUGAACUACCAGCCCUCCAAUGCCACUAUUAAGAAUAGGGGCCACGAUAUCAAGCUGGAAUGGGUUGCUGGCGCAGGCUAUCUUCAAAUUAAUGAAACUAAGUACGUGCUCAAACAAUGUCAUUGGCAUUCUCCCUCUGAACACACUAUAGAUGGCAAAAGGCUUGAUCUAGAGUUACACAUGGUGCACGAAACUCCAUCAGGACAAACUGCUGUGAUUGGAAUACUGUACAAGAUUGGAAGACCAGAUUACUUCUUGUCAUCGUUAACGGAUCAUUUAAUGGCCAUUUCUGAUACCACGGAAGCAGAAAGAGUGGUGGGUGUAGUUGACCCUAGGCAAAUCCAAAUUCUCUACAAGCAAUAUUACAGGUAUCUUGGAUCGUUGACUAUUCCUCCUUGCACCGAGAAUGUUACUUGGACCAUCGUUAGGGAGAUACGAUCCGUUUCAAAUGAGCAAGUCAGGUUGCUUCGAGUUGCUGUUCAUGAUGAAUCAGACACUAAUGCAAGACCACUCCAACCGAUAAACAAUCGCUUGCUGCAACUCUAUGGGCCAAAAUAUCUUAAAGAUAAGCAUUGAAGUUCAGAGCAUUUGCCGGUGUAAAUCGAACUGACCAAAAGGAUGAUGAUUUUGUAAUUU